ACCAGUCCGCGUGAGCAAGGAGAAAAAAGAGCGCCACAUCAACUUGCUGUACAUUGAAGACGUGUCGGGAUGUGGAAUUGGACACUUUGCGUGGAUCAAGAAUUUAUCCCGACUAGUCAACUCUCAACUUAAUACUGAUGGGCACAAGAAAUAUAUCUGUGAUCGAUGCCUGCAUUACUUUUCAACCAUCGAAAAGCUACAGUCUCAUGAGGUUGAUUGCGGCGUACUCAACGAUUGUGCUGUUCGACUACCGGGCGAAAACGACAAAUGGCUGGAAUUCACGAACGCCAAUCGUAAGGAGCGUCUCCCGUUCGUGGUAUAUGCCGACCUCGAAUGUAUCCUGGAGAAGACCAACGCUGAUGAGAGGGAGAAAAAUAAGAGCCAACAUCAUCGUGUCUUCAGCGUUGGAUAUUAUGUCAAGUGCUCCUACGAUGAUUCGCUGUCGGGAUACCACGAACGAAGGGGUGAGGAUUGUGUGGAAUGGUUCGUAG